CAAGGAUUUUGGCGGCUGGACAACCAGGACUUGGCCGCAGCAUAGCACCUUUCAUGAGCGACCAGCAGCAGCGCCUCGUGAGCCAGCAACGGACGUAUGGUCUGCAGGAGACUCUGCAGAAAGCGCAGCCGCCGCCUACACGCGUGCAUCCUCAGCUGCGGCAGCGUGCGCUGACGAGCGACGGAGCUUCGCAGGCCGACGCCAAGCCGCGGCAGAUACUGUACAGCGGGCUGAGCGACGCGGAGCGGGCGACGCAACGGGGUGCGCAGCGACGCGAUGCCGCACACACACCGCUGCAGCAGCGGAGAGCCCCGCAGCGGAGGGAUGACGAUGACGACUUUGAACUCACGUCAUACGCCAACGGCUGCUGCAUCUGCUGGGUCUCAGACCACCACUCGCCAAUUGAGUGCCGAAUCGCAUGCUCUAUCAUGUGAAGGGCCCGGGUAGGUUUAGGGCUCACGUGCGGCUCGCCUUUUAUUCGCUGCUCGUGUUGUGAACGUGAGGCCGGACGAGGGUCCGCCGCAGUCUCCGGGUUAGGCUACAGGGCUAGCUUGCAUGUGGCAUGUUGUUGUCUCUAUCUAUCUCUAUCUAGGGAAUCAGUCUC